AUGCGCCUACGAUCCAAUCACGUUCUGGAGCCCGUUUCCGAAUGGCAGCCACCACGGCGCCGCCGGGGUACGCGGGGCGCCUCAGCCCAGCCUGAGACUGAGGUAGCCACACAGUCUGCUACAGAGCCAACAAACGCAACUCCAGCUCAACCAGCCCGUAAGGGCCGAACCGCCAAGAAGGGUCGAAAGAAAACGAACCCGGCAAUCUCAGUAGUUGAGGAAGCUGCGGUUUCCUCUUUGUCUCCCGCGCCCUCUCCGUUGAUCACACCCUCGCUUUUGCGGUCACCACCCAUCGAGGCACCAACCAUCGAACCAUCAGUUGGCCCGUCAGCUGAGCUCAACAAUCAAAGUAGGUUGGCCCAUCCCCCUCAGUGCCGAAAAAGGCGAGCGUUCGCAUAUGGCUCUACCAGUGAAAUUCUGGCGGCGGCUCUCAAGGGACCAACGCACCGGGCUCCAGCGGAGCCUAAACCCCGGAAUCGGCUCUUCCGCUACAAUUAUCCCCCGCUCCCUCGCGCCCAGGCGCAAGCCCUUGGUCAAGUACCUUGGUCUCUUGAUACUCCCAAUCAUCCCGGUCUAUACCUGUCGACCGGGGUCAUUGGCUUGCCUGGUGGACUCGUUCUGUUCCCGAACAAUUCGGAGGAUUCUGACGCAUACUUUACACCCAAAAUUGAGCUGACACUUCCGGAAGAUGGAUCCAGGAAACGCGACCGACAUGCCGAACAUGAGACCCCAAUGAAAAGGUACAAAUCGGCACAACCGGCAACUCCCCUUGGCUCAUUCAUUCGCCCUCGGGGCAGCUCACGAACAACUUAUGCGGACCGCACGCGACGACGCCAAGCAGAAUCGGGUGGACGAAUCCAUCGGACCAUGCUCCGUCUUCCGGAGCUUCUGGCACAGCAGAAUGCAGAUGCGAAGUCUGCACCCGCGUCCGAAGAUUCUCGUACCAAUGAUCAGACUACUGCUUCCGGUCAAGUCCCCCCGUCUCGCAGAUCGUCCCUCCCUUCUUCCCUCCCCGAACCAACUAACUCGCCUGGAUGGGGUCGAUGGAUAUUUGAUGGAGUUUCCCGACGAUGGACCGGCCUUUUGGGACGGACAAGUUCACCCCAAGCGGCAGAUGUUUCGCAUGUUACCGAGCUUCAACAGCAGGAGGUUGUGGCGGAAGCUGAAGUUGAACGUCGCCUUGAAUCCGAGAACGAGCACUUCGUGACUGCCCCAUCCUCUACUAUUCACCAAUCAUCCGCCGUUUUGCGAUCUGGCGACUCGCCCACUCCGGCGACCCAUGUGACGGCCACCUCGAGCAAAAAAUCGACACGAUUAGCCACCCCGAAAUCGACCCGCACAAUUCGCAAGAACUAUGAUUUGUUUAGCAGGGGCUAUGAUGCGGCUCAACGUGCGCGCUGGAUGUCGAACGCAGUGCCAUCUUCGGCAGACGACCGCGAUCCACCACGAUCUCCACUGCAGGAAUCUGGAGCGCCAAGUUCGACAAAGCGUAAACGCCAAUCUCCAGACGUGAUUCCGAACCCACCAGGCUGCAGCUAUGGGAUCAAUGACGACUAUUUCAUCUAUGAUGAUGAGGAUUGGACUGAUCAGGAGCGAGACAACCCCGACGCCACCCCUACCAAGCGUAUAACCGAAAAGUCCCCGGAAGAACAGGAUCGUGUGUCCAAGAGAGUACGCGUCGAAAGACCUGCCAACUUCAAUCACGAAGGUCACUUUGAGACCCCUGGUUGGUCCUCCAACUCUGAGAGCGCUUCGUCGACCAGAACCACUCCACUCAGUCCCAACCCCACAGGAGCACCCGUUGGCCAAACUACGGUUGAAAAUGUUGAAAAUGUUGAAAAUGUUGAACCUGCCCGCAAAGCAACUCACCAUGGAGCCGCAAGUAAGAACAGUCUGACUGGACUGAAAGAUCGUCAGCUUCUCAAGAAGGCUCGGGAUCAGGCUGAACAAUACAAACCCAAAACCCCAAGUCGGUUGCGCUCAGCCCACCGGUUUUCAAGCAGUUCCAACCACGGUGGCUCAAGUUUCCAGCAAGAGUUGAUGUAUAACUCCGAAGAUGCCAUUCGCCGUCGUCGGAUGAGAGAAACAUCGCUGGCGAAAGCAUGUCCUACUGGGGACUUGCGGGAGAUCAUCUGGCCAGAAUUUGAUAGAUGGGUCGAACGUCUUUCGUGUUUCAUCAACGAGGAUGUCGUUGAGUGGGUCAACAGUAACCCCCAUCGACAGGACCGGCAGCACUUGGAGAACCAGCAACACAGGUUCAACCUCCGCUACCAGGAGGAACUCGACAAAAAGCGUGCGGAUCCUGAUUAUGUUCCGCAGAUGUGGUUUUAUCCGAAAUAA